AUAUGAGUACUUCAUUCUCUCUUGUUCUCUUCAUCUCUUCUCUAAACUCAAACUCAGUCGUCACACAGACAAGAUGCUGAUAAUAUUCUACUGCUUUCUCCUCACUCUUCUGUCAUGUGUCAAAUGUGCUAAAGUGGUUACUCAGAAACCCUCUGUAGUAACAGAACAAAAAGGGAGAUCUGUGACUAUGGACUGUAACGUUGAAACGGACGGUCAUUAUGUCUACUGGUAUAAACAGAUUCCAAAUGCAGCUCCUCAGUUUGUGUUGAGUUACUAUUAUUCUCACCGCUCCCCUGACAAAUACGGGGAUGGUUUUUCCUCCGGCCGCUUCACAUCUAAUGCUAAGUCAAAUAUUGACUAUAGUCUCAUCAUCAGUAAUGUGGAUGUGGAUGAUUCUGCAGUGUAUUACUGUCACACAUGGGACAACUCUGUUAGCGAGGAGGUAUUCGGACAAGGAACAAAACUCAUUGUGAAUGAUGCUGCUGCUGCUGCUCCUGUGCUGAACAUCCUCCGUCCGUCCAGAGAAGAGCUGAGCUCCAGUAAACUCACUCUGGUGUGUCUGAUCAAUCACAUGUCUGGGGCUUUUGCUGAUGUGCGCUGGCUUGUGAACGGGAACUCAGUUACUGAAGGCGUCUUCACUGGAUCUGCUGAACAGCAGCCUGAUAAGAAAUUCAAGAUGAGCAGUUAUUUAACCCUUGAGAGCUCAGAGUGGGACAAAGACACACAGCUGACAUGUGAAGCAUCUGCUGCCUCCAAAACCACCAGAAAAAGCAUCAAGAAAUCUGACUGCAGCGACUGAACUGCUUGAUCUCCUCUUGAUUUAAGUGAUAGCAUUUCAAUUUGUUUGCAUGGAGUAGAAAACAUUAAAUAUUAAAAAUAAAGUAUCUUACUGUAGUUGCUUCAUGUUUAAAUGUACUCUGCUUUAUAAACUCCAAUAAACUGUUUGUUAAUC